GUGGAGGUGCUCAAGAGGGCUGCGGAACUGCAGGAGCAGGAUCCCGAGGGCGCGGCCCUGGUGUCACUGGUGCGCGACACCUUCGUCCACAAGGUUCCCAGCCCUACGGGCGAGCUGGAGUACCUGUGCAUGUGCUUUGAGAAGUUGGAAUCCAACCUGCGCAAGAUCGGCAAGCAGCC